GGGUCAUGUGAUCGGUUGGAUCGGGAGCCGGGGGACGAGCGGAGAGGCCGAGGUUCGGACACGAUGGGUGGGCACUCGGUGACCGUGCCCGUCAUCUGCUUCACCGUCCUGUGGGGGCUGGUCGGCUGCGUCCUCCCCUGGUUCGUGCCCAAGGGUCCGAACAGAGGAGUCAUAAUAACCAUGAUCGUGACCACGGCUGUCUGCUGCUACCUCUUCUGGCUCAUCGCUCUCCUGGCUCAGAUGAACCCUCUGUUUGGACCCCAGCUGAAGAAUGAAACCAUCUGGUAUCUCCGCUACUUCUGGGAAUAAGACGGGACUACGCUGGAGCCAUUGGUGACACGAUGCUGACUGCCCGAGGUAUCUCUUUUGAAGUUGCUUGUCAUCUUUCCACACCUUCAAACCUAAUACAGCACUUUGCUGCCACAGAUUUUUUCUUUCUCCCUCUUGAGGUUCUCCAGUAAACAUCCAGAUUUUCUCUCUAUUCCAAGUCAGUAACAAGGAAGAAAAGGCUGAUGUCACCCCAAUAAUUCGGUGGUUGAGAGUUUUGUUUAGAUGAGAUUUUAGUUCAACACCACUGAAUCCUGAGAUGAAGCUCGCAUUGGUCUUUUGUUUAAUUGAAAGAUCUCACCUCUACCCAAUUAAGAAGCCUUUUUAAAAAAAACCUGAAGGUUGAUUGUGUUGUGUAGUGAUAUUAAUGCCGGAAUAAAUCAUGUACUUGUGUUAAUUCUGUAAAAGAUUAUUUAUUUUAUCAAAUAUUGCGGUGUUAAAAGUAAGAAACUAUUCAAUGCUGUAGAUGAUGUUAGCCAGUGCAAUAAAACCAGAAUGUGUUCCAAG